AGCCAUGGCGUCUGGCCUCAACUUUUAUUUUUUAGAGUAGCUUUAGGAAUUAGCACGAAGUACAGACAGCUCUCAUAUGCUCUGUCCUCCUUAUCGCUAGCCUCUCUAGGAGAAGGAUCCUUGAAACUGUGUAAGUGAUGAUCAGGAGGAUUUGAGGAUUGACCAUGGGGGUGUUGUGAAGGAAAAUGAGUACAAAAUGAUAGCCAGGUCCCUGGUUUGGGCAACUGGUGGUGGCUUCAUUGAUAUAGGGACCAUGAGAGGAGGAAUGAUGGACUUUGGGGGUGACCAUGCACUCAGAGUAGGGCUUGUUGAAUUGGCAGCACCGAUGGGUGAUGCAGAAGGAGGUCUCCAUCCCUGUCCCUGGGCUGCAGCCACACAGGUGUCCUCUCUGUCUCAGCAGCAUGCUAAGGCUCCUCCUGGCCCGAGGCCUUGGCCUAUGCUGCUCCCUCCCCUAAUGAGCCCUGCCCUGUCCCUUAAGCAGAUUUCAGUCUCCAGCCGUUCAGCAGGGUGGCCUCCCUGACACUCCCCUGUACUCUCUCACAGUAUCUGAGGGUUUUCCUUCACAUCGCAGAUCAUGGUUUCCAUUUAUCCUGUUUCUGUGAGUGACGACUUGGUCAAUGCGCCUCCUUCCUCUCUUGUCUGCAAGCUCCGCAAGGACAGGGAUCAAGUGUUUCUUAUUCCUUCCUUUAUGCCCUUUAUGCACAGAGCCUAGCACAGUGUCUGGAUGCACAACUAUUCUAUGAGGAUUUGGUGAAUACUUGCCUGUGGCAUCUCGACUCAGGAGAUGGGUUUGAGCCGGCAGUGUGGACAGCGAGUCGCCAGCGGCCAGAUGGUGCAGACAGUGAUUGUAGCGGGGGGAGUGGAUGGGUUCACAAGGGAGCAGACAGGCCGAUGAUGAGAGGGACCCUGCAGCAGGUCCUGAAGGACAGGCAGACAGGCCCAUGACAGGGUGGAGAAGGGGUCAGCGGAAAUUCAGGGAGGGAGAUGUCAAAGCCACACUGUGCUGGGGUGACCAAGGCUAUUGUUUAUUGGGGGCUCAUGUGUGCCCUCAUGGUGCUGAGCCCUGGAUACACAUUAGCUCAUUUAUUCCUCUAACAACAUCGUGAGAAGGUUCUAGAAAUCCUAUGUAUUCCUAAGGAAACUGAGGCACAGAAAGGUUAACCCCAAGGUCACCCAGCAAAUAAGUGUGAAGUUAGUAUCUGGAACUCUCCCUAAUAUAAGUAUCGCCUCCAUCCUCCUGAAUUUUGCCAAACCUGCUGUGUUGGAGGGAGUGGAGGUCGAAGGGAGAGAACAGUGUGGAGGGUCUCUGAGUUGGUGGUGGAGGACGCACGGGGGGUGCCAGCCUCUGGGUGGUUAGAAGGCCAGGCCUGGAGGAGCUGGGGUGACACUGAGCUGGGAGAGCUAAGUGUCAGCUGAGCCGUCAAGGUUCCUGGAAGCUAGCGUUGAGCCAGGGACCUGAAGCUGGGGAGCCAGAGCAUGCAAAGCCUGAAGGAACAGCCCAUCUUGAAAGCCUGGAGGUCCAAUGUGGGGCAGGAAUUCUAACAGCCUCUCUCCUUCUCAAGCAGCUUUACAGUUCACAGAGCACCCUCCUGCCCUUUCUCAGACUUGGUCCCCUUGGGUCUCUGGCAUAGGAAGCAGCAGGGCAUCCGCUCCCCCUUUCAUGGCAGAGAGACCCAGCUUGGAGGGGGGUCGCUGGGGAUUACACAGCUAGAAAAUGAUGGAGUGAGGAUUCCAGCCCAGGCCUUCUGGCUUUGUGUCCGGUGCUCUGUCUAUCAAGUCGUGACUGUUAAGGGCCACCCUGAGGCAGAGGCAAACCCCAGUUUGCACUCCCCAGUGCAGGAAGUGGUUUUUGAGGGCAGAUGCGGAGCGCGGCAUCUGUGGCGGCUGUGAUGAAUCAUCGGAGUGAGAGCUGCAGGUUGCCCCUGGGUCAGCAGACCUGGCUGCUCGGUGAGUAGCUGUGUGAUGUUGGACAAGUCACUUCCAGCAGCUCACCACUACCCUCAACCCAACAGCCAGUGGGCAUCUGGGGCCUAGGAGCCAUAGCUGGUAUGAGUGUGAACUCUGGGCGUCAUAGCUGCCAUCCCUCCCCGGCCUGUUCCGAGCUCUGGAUUGGAUUUGGGAGAGGAUUUGAUUAGGUCCUAAACAGUGGCUCCAUGUAGAGGGCCUGGUUCAUUUCCUGUGUGCUUACAGCAGACGAGACAUGGGCAGAAUUAACCAGAGAAAUGAUGGAUGGGAAAGACACAGACCCCCACCUUGGGAGGGCAGGGCAGUGGCUGCCAGCACUCUGGACCCAAGGCCCUGGGUGAGCAGGCUGGUCUCUCUGGGACGUGCUGGCUGGAUUCUUGUUACCCCAGCUGGUUGCAACAGCUGCCUCACUGGGUCCCCAACUGCCUGUACUUCCGCUGUCAGAGCACUCCCCAUGCUCCUUGAAAGUAGUUGUCCAACCUCUGUUUUUUCUGCUUAACUGAGGGCGGAGAUUGUAUCUGACUUGUUCCCUGCUGUUCCCCCAGUACCUACCUCAGUGCGUGGAGAAUGAAUGAAUGCAUGAAUGCAUGCAUGCCUUAGUCCUCCCUGCCACCCACACAUCCGGCCCACGCUCCCCAGAGCAGCUUUGACACAGCGCAGCUCUGCCUGCGUUGUUUCAUUGCUCACAGGGCAAUCCCAUGCCCACCGUGUAUUCUGCAACCUGGCCUCAUCUUUGCUUCCUCUCCUGCCCUAAUUUUCUGCUACACUGGCCACCCCCUACCCCUGGGGUUCUUGGGUUUCCUGUAAUUGCUCCAGAGACUCCAUCAAACCACUUCCCACCCCAGCUCUUCCAAGAACACAGGCCUCACCAAACCUGCGCGCAGUCCCUGUUCACACAAGCCUGCCUGGGAGCACAGAAAGAACCAUGCGCUCUGGGCCCUGUUCGCCAGCAUCUGCUCAUGUGGGAUGCGCCCAGAUGUUUGAGACAGAGGCAGAUGAGAAGAGGGAGAUGUCCUUGGAGGAAGGGAAGGGGCCUGGUGCUGAGGCUUCCCCACCCAGCAAGGAGCCCUCUCCUGGGAAGGAGCUUCCUCCAGAACAAGACCUUCCACCCAAAAAGGACUCUUCUUCUGGGCAGGAACCCACUCCUGCCCAAGAACCACUGUCCAGCAACAACUCAGCUACCUGUGAAGACUCCCCUCCAGGCCCAGAUGCCCUGCCAAGCAAGGAUGCCCCACCAUGCCAGGACCCCCCUCCAGCCCAAGACCUCUCACCUUGCCAGGACCUGCCUGCUGGUCAAGAACCCCUGCCUCAUCAGGACCCUCUACUCACCAAAGACCUCCCUGCCGCCCAGGAACCCCCCACCCAGGACCUUCCACCCUGCCAAGAUCUGCCUCCUAGCCAGGUCUCCCUGCCAGCCAAGGCCCUUAUUGAGGAGACCACGAGCUCUGGGGACCUGCUAGCAGCCACCGGGGACCCGCCUGCGGCCUCCAGGCCAGCCUUCGUGAUCCCUGAGGUCCGCCUGGAUAGCACCUACAGCCAGGAGGCAGGGGCAGAGCAGGGCAGCUCAGGAGAUGAGAAUGCAGAAGAGGAGGGGGAGGAAGGGGAGGAAGGGGAGGAGGAUGAGGAUGAGGACACCAGCGAUGACAACUAUGGAGAGCGCAGUGAGGUGAAGCGCAGCAGCAUGAUUGAGACGGGCCAGGGGGCUGAGGGUGGCCUCUCACUGCGUGUGCAGAACUCGCUGCGGCGCCGGACGCACAGCGAGGGCAGCCUGCUGCAGGAGCCCCGGGGGACCUGCUUCGCCUCCGACACCACCUUGCACUGCUCAGACGGUGAGGGCGCCGCCUCCACCUGGGCCAUGCCUUCGCCCAGUACCCUCAAGAAAGAGCUGGGCCGCAAUGGUGGCUCCAUGCACCACCUUUCCCUCUUCUUCACAGGACACAGGAAGAUAAGUGGGGCCGACACCGCUGGGGAUGAUGACGAAGCCUCUCGGAAGAGAAAGAGCAAAAACCUAGCCAAGGAUAUGAAGAAUAAGCUGGGGCUCUUCAGACGGCGGAAUGAGUCCCCUGGAGCCCCUCCCGCGGGCAAGGCAGACAAAAUGAUGAAGUCAUUCAAGCCCACCUCGGAGGAAGCCCUCAAGUGGGGUGAGUCUUUGGAGAAGCUGCUGCUUCACAAAUACGGGUUAGCAGUAUUCCAAGCCUUCCUUCGCACUGAGUUCAGCGAGGAGAAUCUGGAGUUCUGGUUGGCUUGUGAGGACUUCAAGAAGGUCAAGUCACAGUCCAAGAUGGCAGCCAAGGCCAAGAAGAUCUUUGCUGAAUACAUCGCGAUCCAGGCAUGCAAGGAGGUCAACCUGGACUCCUACACACGGGAGCACACCAAGGACAACCUGCAGAGUGUCACGCGGGGCUGCUUCGACCUGGCGCAGAAGCGCAUCUUUGGGCUCAUGGAAAAGGACUCGUACCCUCGCUUUCUGCGUUCUGACCUCUAUCUGGACCUUAUUAACCAGAAGAAGAUGAGUCCCCCGCUUUAGGGGCCACUGGAGUCGAGCUCAGGAUUCACACCAGGCAGGCUGGGCCCCCUGCCCACCUGCCUCCCUCCCCCCUGUGACGGAGGGGGCCAGCAAGCCCCCAGAGGCUGUGUCUCUGGACAGACGGAUGGACAUAUGGAAGCGAGGCCUGGACCAAGAGAGGCCCAGGAUACUGGAGGAGUUGAAGGACGGGCCCCGUAAGGUCCCCACUGCCCUGGUACGAGGGGGCCCAAGGACUCUGGCAGGUCAGGGGCCCCAGCUGAGCCAGAUCUGGAGCUGCUGCUCCCUGCUGCGGAGACUGCAAAGGCUUUGCAUUGACCAAGUUCCUUAAAGAACUGGCUGACGGGGCAGAAGGUCCAGGCCUGGGCUCUCAGGCCCUCCUGGAGGGCCACUGGGGCUUGCAGCUCAGACCCCAACCUGGAGUUUUAUUUAUUUAAAUAGUAGUCGGAUGCUUGGCACGUUGUCCUGUCAUAGGAAACCCUUGCCUCAUCAGUUUUCCUGAUUUACAAGUGCAAUAUUUUAGCCAAUGCCUUGUGAGAAGCCGCCAUGCAAAGGUGGACACCAUUUUCCAGCUUCAGGGGAUGUGCUGGUCCCGGGCACCAGUCAUGGCCAGCUGGCCUUCUGGACUGAUGCAGUCUGGCUGCACACAGAGAUCUGGCACCCCCUGGGUGGGGUGUCCCUCAGGAGCUUUGGGAAAGCAUGGCACCCUCAGACCACACAGUAGCCGAGUUCUGGAGCAAAUAAAAGGCCUGUGUUAUUUCUCGUUCUUGA